AGACAACUAGGCUACAUCAGUCCUGGCGAUGCUCCUCGCAGCCAAUCACUGCUGCCGUCCGAAUGGUUUCAUGGAUCGGAGCCAGUUUUAAUCUCUCCCCGUUGGAACCGUCGACCAGGGGUCACCGUCUCCUUUUUUUGACGUUUCGUGCUAUUUUUCUCCUUCGCCUUCCCUUCCGUGUGGUAUUUCUGAGACGAGACAUCCUUCACGCUGCCUCUUCCUCUCGCUUCUUUCUUCUCUCCCUCUUCCUUCCUCCCUCCCCUAUAACACCCUUACCAUCUCUUUCUUUCUAGCUUCCGUCCUUGUUCGGCAUUUGGGGAGACGGAUAUACUAUUCAUAGGUAAUCCUAUCGUUCCAACUACGCACGCUCAUUGAAACAUUAUUUAUUCAAACGCUCUCUUGCUCUCACUUGCACGCUGUUUCUCGGGCUCAGGAGGAGGACGUAAACAACACCCACUAUCGAAGGAGAGGACGACGCCGAAGUGGUCUCUAAUCGCGUUCCGCAUCGCAUCCCCCUCUGUUCCUCGCCUGCUCGACCCUGCGAACCCGCUGCACGGAGUCGUUCCAUACCUCGGAUAAUUCAUCAGACACAAACAACACUGCAAGAUCCAGGAGAUCCCAAGUAAUUCACAGCAUCGCCAUGGGUUUCUUACAAUCCGCCGUAACGGCGUCGUUAGCGCUUUCGGGCAGUGCUACGGCACUAGAGCCCAUCGUUCAGAAGGGAACCAAGUUCUUCACGGAGAGCGGUAAGCAGUUCUUCAUGAAGGGCGUCGCCUACCAACAGGAAGCUGGCGGUGGUCCCGCCGGUACCAAAUCCACCACCACUACGUACGUGGACCCUCUGGCCGACGCUAAGGUCUGCCAGCGCGACGUCCCGCUGCUGGAGAAUCUGGGUAUCAACACCAUCCGUACUUAUGCCAUCGACCCCGAAGCCGACCACGACGCGUGCAUGGCCCUGUUGGAUAAGGCUGGCAUCUACGUCGUUGCCGACUUGGGCGAGCCCGCCUUAUCAAUUAACCGUGACGACCCGGCCUGGAACGUCGAGUUGUUCGACCGCUAUAAGGCCGUCAUCGACAACCUCAGCAAAUACGAUAAUGUCAUCGGCUUCUUUUCCGGAAACGAAGUCACUAACAACGCUUCCAACACCGACGCGUCCGCCUAUGUGAAGGCUGCCACGCGAGACACCAAGAAGUACAUUGCAGACAAGCAGGCAAACGGUGGUCGAUGGAUGGGUGUCGGAUACGCCGCGAACGACGACGCCGACAUUCGUGUCAGCAUGGCCCAGUACUUUAACUGUGGUAACCAGGAAGAGGCCAUCGAUUUCUGGGGCUACAACAUCUAUUCGUGGUGCGGGAAGAGCAGCUUCACCGAGUCGGGUUUCGAUGUCCAGGUUGAAUUUUUCUCCAACUAUUCCGUCCCCGUUUUCUUCGCCGAGUACGGCUGCAACGAGCCCGGCGGUGCUGAGGGCCGUCUGUGGGAUGACACCACCGCCAUCUACUCGGAUCAGAUGACCGGCGUGUUCAGCGGCGGCCUCGUCUAUAUGUUCCACCAAGAGGAAAACGACUACGGUUUGGUCCAAAUUAGUGGCAACACCGCCAAGACCUUGAAGAACUACGAUGUGUUGAAGACGAAGCUCGCUGCCGUCAGCCCAUCGUCGACUUCGAUUAACGCGUACACUCCCACAAACUCGCCUGCUGCGUGCCCGGCCAUCACCGAGAACUGGAAGGUUGCCGAGGCCCUGCCCCCGACCCCCGACAGCUCCCUUUGCAGCUGCAUGACUAAGGCGGCGAGUUGCGUUCCCGCCAGCGACCUCCAGGCCGAAGAGUACGGCCAGAUCUUCGGCUACAUCUGCGCGAACGACCCGGCUGCCUGCGCCGGCAUCAAGCACGAUACGGAGACCGGUGUCUACGGCCCUUACGGCAUGUGCAACCCCGUGGACCAGCUCGCUCACGUCUUAGACUCGUACUACAAGAACCAGAACAGCGCUUCCGAUGCCUGCAACUUCAACGGCGCGGCCAAGCUGGUCCAGGGCUCCGUUGCCUCUUCGUGCCAAUCGGCUCUGUCGCAGGCUGAGUCCUCCAUCGCCGUCGCGGCCACCGCUACGGCCGGUGCGUCCACCAGCGGCAGCGGAAGCGGUACGACUGAGAACGCCGCUGCGCCGGCGUCUGUCCGCUUCUCGCCUCUGAUGACUAUGGGCGAUAUGGCCAUCAGCCUGUAUGUGCUGGUGGCUAUGGGUGUUGGUGCUGGUAUGGUGAUGUUGUAAGCGGAUAAUGGCAAGAUAAGCUUCUACAUAUGGACGUAGAUCGGGUAAUUCCAGCGGUUUGCUUAUGCCUGUGGUCUUCCCGUUAAUGAAUCGUGCGAGACUAUUGACCGGAUUUGUUUCGAUUUCUCUAGCCUCUGGCUUUUUCUGGGUUUCAUCGUCGCAGCGGCGUCAUCGAUAGAUCGGGGUUAGGCCAACUGUCUAUCCAAGUAUAUAUAAUGCUCCGACUGAAGUCGUGA